AUGUUCAUAGCUUACCCGUGGCCGGGCGAGCUCUUCGAUCUCCAGCGAGUGGACUUGGCACGGCCGAUGCCGGGCUCCCCAUUUUAUGCCAUCCAUCUUCAUCCAGCUGCCCGACGGCAGCAGUCAAAGGUGGGACUGUCAGACAAGUCGCUGAUGCUGGACUCUCCGUUGCUUCCAUGGUUGGGAGUGGUGCUGCAGACUCUAGCAACUCAUCAGACCUACCUGAUCGACCUGACCUACGACAAGCUGGUGAAGGAUUGGAAGUGCGCUCUCAUGAAGGUGAAGCAGCGCGGCAGGUGGAGUUCAGACACCAGCGUGAAGAGAUACGAGGCCCAUGCGCGCAUCUCUCAAGAGUUCCACCUACUUCCUGAAGAAGUUCAGCGGAGAUGC